AUGGUAUCGCUGGAAGUACCUACAGAAACGCCUGGAAACUCGCGUCGCGCUGCUUCCGAAGAAUGCGAAAUCGCGUUUUCGCACGAUGAUCCAACGUUGAUGUGGAAAGAUCGGACGACAGAAUGCGUUGAUUUGAAAAAAGUCUUCUCGAAAUUCGAUUCAUCGGCACCGAUUAGCGGCGAGAUUUUGUUCCGAGCGCGUUUCCUGUGUGCAAAAUAUCUGGGCGGUGCUUGGCGAAAAGUGAAAAUUGAGGAUUUCAGAAUCAGAGCUAUAACCGGUGGAAUGUCAAAUUUGCUGUUUUUGGUUGAGCUGCCCGCGAAAAUUCAGCCGACACAGAUGGAGCCGGAAAAAGCGUUGCUCAGAGUUCAUUGUCAAUCAGAUAUCGAUCAAUUGUUGUCGGAAUCUGUCGUUUUUACGCUUUUAUCGGAAAGAAAUCUUGGCCCAAAAAUGCUCGGCGUGUUCCCGGGCGGCCGAUUCGAACAGUUCAUCCCAAGCAGAGCUCUCCAAUGCCUCGAAAUCAGCAAGCCGGGACUAUCCAAAUUGAUUGCUCCAAUCGUGGCGAGAGUUCACACACUGGAUGCGCCGAUUCCAAAGGAGCCGCAGACACUUCAAACUGCUAGACAGUGGUUGGACAGAUUCAAAAAAACGCCUGCCGGCGAACGACCGAUUGAGAUGUACUUGACACGUGCCGAUGUUCCGGAAUCUGAUUAUCCGACGACGAUUACGGUUGCUCAGCUCGAGCGAGAGCUCAAUUUUGUCGAAUUUUUCCUGCAACACAGUAAUAGUCCAGUGGUGUUUUCGCAUAAUGAUUUGCAGGAAGGAAAUUUCCUCCUUAUCGACGGAUAUCAAUUAGCCGACGAUGGUACCGUACUCACUGCCGAUGGAAAACCCACCGACGAGGAUCCCCUGUCACUUAUUGAUUUUGAAUACUGUAGCUAUAAUUAUAGAGGAUUCGAUUUGGGCAAUCAUUUCUGUGAAUAUGGAUACGAUUACAAUGAAUCCGAGCCACCGUACUACAAAAUUCAUCAGCAUUUCUUCGAUGUGGAAGACGAGCGGAAAGUGUUUUGUGAGGCGUAUUUGGAUGAGGUUUAUAAGAUGCGCUCCAGCGGCGACAAUCCGCAUUUUCCAUCAGAUCUGGUUACUGGUGAUCGUGAGAAGGAUCUUCAGAAAAUCAUCGAAGAAUCGAUUCUUUUUAUGCCAGUUUCCAAUAUUUUCUGGGUCUGUUGGUCGCUGAUUAACGCUGAGGAAUCGUCGAUUUCAUUCGAUUAUGGAGCAUACGGACGGGACCGUUUGGCACUUUAUUUCCAUCAGAAAAAGGCUCUCGAAAAGUAUCUGAACAAUUUGUGA